AUGUAUACCCUAAGGUAUCAAUUCGGCGAAGGGGGAAGAACCAUCUCUAGCCCAUUUCCCGUUCCCAUCAGCCCUGAUGCCACUAUUCAUUCCCUUUUAUCCGAGUUAACAACUCGAGUUUCGACUUGGGGGCAAGACCCAUUUGUUGGAGCUCGCCACCCACCAGGCAAGAUCAGCUUGUACAAGAUGGUCUCCCAACCAAAUGAUGGACUUCUUGGAUUUGAUCCGAUGGGACAUUCGCCUCUGCAGCAUCACUUUCGGGUCUCCCAUUAUUGGCCCUCUGCACCUGAAGCAGGAGAAGUCCAUAUCCUCGCCUAUUUCCACUCUGAGACGCAGGAGGCUUUAACUGCCGCACCUGGAGAUAGUGACCUUCUUCUUACGUUCAAAGUCGUGCUUCGCCGGGAUGGAGACGAGGUCAAACCCGAUUGGAAAUCAUUUUUCGACUCGAAUCUGGAUGAGUGUGAGGAGGACACAAAUGCUCUUCCGUCAGAAAUCAGCGAUAUUUUGGAGAUGUCGAGGAAGCCAUAUGGCUGUUCCAAGCAGGAGGUUCAUCCGAGGAUGUCGACGUUCUAG